AGCAACUAUCUUAAUGGGUUGGGAUUUUACAGGCAAUACUAGCUAGCUGCAAAGAAGCUCAAGGUCCAAACACUUUCUGGUUACUCUAAUGAUUCCAAUCCAUUCGGAGAUAGAUUCCAAUCUCACUGAGAUAUCUUGUAGACAUGACAAAGGCUUGACAACAACAGGAAGACUUGCAUCAUUUGGUUCCAUGCAAGGCCUAGAAUCCGGGCUGCCUUGGUCACUGAUUCACAAUGUCGUUUCUGAGGAUGCAAGUUGGACAACUCAAUGUGUUUUCUCGGAAUUGCACUUUUGUCUGGGGAGGCAUUGCUUUCGGUUUCAAGACAAGCAGUGGAAGCAUUGUUAGCAACAACCCAGGUAAUGUUUAUUUAUUGAU